AUGGCGGAGCAGUCUCAUCACGCGGUGCGUGGCACUGCGUCUUAUACACGAUCCAUAGGAAUUAGCCAGCGUGUGACACCACUCGCGACACCAUGGACUGGUGAAAUGCGGACAAGAUUCUCGGACUUUCAAGUCAAUGAGAUCAAAGAAGACGGCACAGUCCUGCACCUACAACAAGUCGGCCUGGCAGAUGAAGAGGCACCGGCGGUUGUAGUGAAUAAAGAGUUCAACGGCGAGUCUACAGCCCAGGAAACGAAAACAGAUGAGCCUGCGAAAGAUUCCUUGAAGCAACCAUCCAGUGAGACCGCUACGAGACCCGAGUCGGCACCUCAGCCCGAGGCGGUCAACGACGUCUCACCUGAGGAUGCCACCAUUCUUGAGGGUCUGACUGAUCAGCGAUUCUCUCAGGAGCUGAUUGGAGUAUAUCGGUCUGGUCAUGGCGCCGACCACGAGAAGAGGAAGUCUGUUACAUCGGAGCCCAUGGACGAUAGGGCAAAGCGUGGCCAAGUUCACCAAGAGAUCCGGCGCAUCUUUAAGUCUCGGAUAGAUACCAACACAACUGACGAAGGUGCUAUUGUCGCAACUCUUAUUCCCCCACGAAAAGCCAACAGCAAGAAGCGCGGCCGCGGUGGCCGCGGUGGUGGCCGUGAGGAAAAGCCUGCCGGUGAAUACCUGCAUUUUACUCUGUUCAAGGAGAACCGCGACACAAUGGAUGCUGUGAAUCAGAUUGCUCGUUUCCUCAAGGUCAAGCCCCAGGUCAUCGGAUACGCCGGUACCAAAGACCGCAGAGCUUCUACAGUGCAACAAUGCUCGGUGCGAUACAUGCGGCCACGAAACCUCGCUGGUAUCAAUGGGAGGAUCUGGGGUGUUUCUACGGGAGAUUACGACUAUAAGGACAAGCCAAUUUAUCUCGGACAGCUUCUUGGCAACGAGUUCGUGAUUGCGAUCAAGAGUUGUCAAAUAGUUGGCGAGUCCAACGACCAGCCCAUUGCCCAGCGGGUAGAAGUGCUGAAGAAGAACGUUGAUCAGGCUUUGAGUCAUAUGAAUGAACACGGCUGGAUCAACUAUUUUGGUCACCAGCGCUUCGGAACUCACGAAGUCGGUACACACCAGAUUGGGCAACUCAUCCUGGGGGACAAGUACGAAGAAGCAGUCAUGUCACUACUCCAUUACGAUGAUAAGAUUGCACAGAGGGCUGAGGCGGGUGAUAUUCCCGACGAACCCUCCAAGAGAGAUGAGUAUUUGCGAAACCAGGCCUGCAUGCUCUUCCUUACAGACAAAGAUGUCGACCGAGCCAUCAAGCUCAUGCCUCGUCGAUUUUCUGCCGAAAACAGCAUCUUCAGACAUCUGAACCGGCAGGGCGCUCAGUCUAGACGUGAUUUCAUUGGCUCUCUGGUUCACAUCACUCGUGGCUUGCGCUCCAUGUACCUUCAUGCCUAUCAGUCCUAUAUCUGGAAUCAUGCCGCCAGUCGUCGCUGGGAGCUUCACGGCGAGAAUGUGAUUGCUGGCGAUCUCAUUAUCGCUCCGACGGAGAGUGUGCCUCUUGUCAGCGGCCAGGACCAAGACGGUGAUGACAUUAUCAACCCUGUCGAAGACGACGAAGAUGCUCCCGUUCGCGCUCGUCCCCUUACCGCCGAAGAAGCCGCCAGUGGUAACUACACCAUCUUCGACGUUGUGCUGCCAACACCAGGCUACGACGUCGUUUAUCCUGAGAACGAUAUCGGGGAAUUCUACAAGGAUUUCAUGGGUCGCGACGAGAAUGGUAAUCUAGACCCCUACAAAAUGCGCCGUAUGCGCCGCGAGUUCAGUCUGCCUGGCCGAUACCGCAAAAUCAUGAACCGAUUCCUUUCCACGCCCUCCGCUGAGGUCCGUGCCUACUCGGAUGAUGCAGAGCAAAUGCACCCAACUGACUUGGACAAUAUCAAAGCUUCGAAGGGUCCUAGCAGGAAGCGUUCUCAUGGAGAAGUUGACUCCGGCUCGACAGUCAAGAAAACGAAGGUUGAAAAUGGUACGCCCGCUUCUACAGAGGUUGAGAUGACAUAUGUCCAAGCAGAGACACCAGAUGAUGGCUCUGCCCCUGAAGCGGCUCCUGCUUCUCAAGAACCUACAAAGGUUGCGGUGGUAGUUAAGUUUCAACUUGGACGCAGUGCAUACGCAACUAUUGCGUUACGCGAGCUCAUGGGCGACCCUACUGAGGAUACCGAGACCAGGGACACUUGA